GGAACAGGCACGCUUCAGAGCCGCUGAGGGUUCCAAGAGAAGCAGUUCAAGAUGGCUGCUCAAUGCGUUACAAAGGUGGAGCUGAAUGUUUCCUGUGACAAUCUUUUGGAUAUGGAUGUAGGGUCAAAGUCGGACCCUUUAUGUGUGUUAUUUUUAAAUACGAGUGGUCAACAGUGGUAUGAGGUUGAUCGCACAGAAAGGAUUAAGAAUUGCUUGAAUCCCACAUUUUCCAAGACAUUUGUUAUUGAUUACUACUUUGAAGUGGUUCAGAAAUUGAAAUUUGGGAUUUAUGACAUUGACAACAAAACCAUCCAGCUGAAUGAUGAUGACUUCUUAGGAGAAUUUGAAUGUACCCUUGGACAAAUUGUUUCCAGUAAGAAGCUAACUCGACCCCUGGUGCUUAAAAAUGGCAGACCUGCAGGGAAAGGGAGCAUUACGAUUUCAGCUGAAGAAAUAAAGGAUAACAGAGUGGUCUUGUUUGAAAUGGAGGCAAGAAAACUGGACAAUAAGGAUCUAUUUGGAAAGUCAGAUCCAUACCUGGAAUUCCACAAGCAGACAUCUGAUGGAAACUGGCUCAUGGUUCAUCGAACAGAGGUUAUUAAAAAUAACUUGAAUCCUGUUUGGAGGCCUUUUAAAAUCUCUCUUAACUCCCUGUGCUAUGGAGAUAUGGACAAAACGAUCAAGGUAGAGUGUUAUGAUUAUGAUAAUGAUGGGUCACAUGAUCUCAUUGGAACAUUUCAAACCACCAUGACAAAACUGAAAGAAGCCUCCAGAAAUUCACCUGUGGAAUUUGAAUGCAUAAAUGAAAAAAAGAGGCAAAAGAAGAAAAGCUACAAGAAUUCAGGUGUUAUCAGUGUGAAACAGUGUGAGAUUACAGUGGAGUGCACAUUCCUUGACUAUAUCAUGGGAGGAUGUCAACUGAAUUUUACUGUGGGAGUGGACUUCACUGGCUCUAAUGGCGACCCAAGGUCUCCUGACUCCCUUCAUUACAUUAGCCCAAAUGGUGUUAAUGAGUAUUUGACUGCUAUCUGGUCUGUGGGACUGGUCAUUCAAGAUUAUGAUACUGAUAAAAUGUUUCCAGCUUUUGGUUUUGGAGCUCAGAUACCUCCUCAGUGGCAGGUUUCACAUGAAUUUCCAAUGAACUUUAAUCCAUCCAAUCCUUAUUGCAACGGAAUCCAGGGCAUUGUAGAGGCAUAUCGGGCCUGCCUUCCUCAGAUAAAACUCUAUGGACCAACUAAUUUUUCUCCAAUCAUAAACCAUGUGGCCAGCUUUGCUGCUGCAGCCACCCAACAACAGACAGCUUCUCAAUAUUAUGUGCUCUUGAUCAUUACUGAUGGUGUGAUAACAGACCUUGAUGAGACCAGACAAGCUAUAGUUAAUGCCGCCAAGCUGCCUAUGUCCAUCAUCAUUGUGGGAGUAGGAGGUGCUGACUUCAGUGCCAUGGAGUUUCUGGAUGGUGAUGGUGGGAGUCUCCGCUCCCCAUCAGGCGAGGUAGCCAUCCGAGAUAUCGUCCAGUUUGUGCCUUUCAGACAAUUCCAGAACGCUCCGAAAGAAGCGCUCGCUCAGUGUGUCUUGGCAGAGAUCCCCCAGCAGGUGGUGGGCUACUUCAACACAUAUAAACUCCUUCCUCCCAAGAACCCAGCUAAGAAAUGAAAAGAGCUAUGGCCGCCUCAGCAGAAUUCUUUUGUGCUGUGUGGAGCAAUGGAUUCCUCUCCCACCCUGAAUCAUGAAUCUAUUAUUUUACAUGCUUUUCAUCGCCAGCAUUUAUGAUGUAAAAAGCAUUCUUUUCAUACUUUUUUUUUUUUUUGGAGGGAAGUGCUAAGUUAAUCUUUGCUCAAUAAUGCGGUGAUUGCUAGUGACUUGCAGUGACACUGUUGGGAUUAGAAACUCGUGUGAGAAAAGUUGAUUUGGUGGUUGUGGUUGUUUACUUUCAUAUAGUGAAAAUACUGUUUCUGAAUGUUUGUCAAUAGAAAGAAUGAAAAUUGCUGGGUUGUGAUUUGCAGGUUGGUGUACUUUGUUCUAGGCAAUGUAUGUUUCACAAACCAACAUAACCAGAUCUGGUGACAAGAACUUCUUAAAUUAGAUGAUACUGAAUUAGUUCCUGUAACUGUAUUCAGUGCUUUUCCAUGGGAUAAAACUACAUUCACUUUGCUGAAUUUUGCUGCAGUUUUGACAAUGCAGUUUAUAAAACAGUAUGCAUUCACUUAGGACUUCUUAAAAAAUACUGGAUGAGAAGGGAAGGCAUAUAUCCAAUUCUUAAAAUGUACAAUCAACAAAUAAAAAGAACCUCAUGUAAGUAAGCCAUUUUUAUUUGCCUUCCUGGAUUUUUUAUUUUCAUUGUAGAAUACUGUAAACAUAGUCAGAUUUGACCUUUUCAUUUACUGUAUGUGACAUUCAGAAUUUUAUAUCUGUGUAGAUGAUAGGUUAGCCUAGAUUCAACAUUAUUAGAGUAUUUUAAUUGGAGUUUAUUAAAAUGGUUAGGACUGCUUUAUCCAGGAAAGCUAUGAGGACCAAAUAUAUAAUGGGAAAUUCAGAAUUCCAUUUCCUAAUGAAAUACUUAUUUUAAAAAGACAAUUUUUAUAUUUUCCUUGCUAAGCUUUCACACAUUGAUUUGUACAUUUGUGCAGAUUCAUUUAAACAUUUUCUCCCUUUUAUUAGUAACAUUUUUAAUCUGAUUUUUAAACUCAUGAUAGUGGUCAUAUAUUAAUCAAAAUUAAUUUUUGCUUUUUAAUUAUGCUAUUUCCCAAGUCCAAAAUGUAUGUAUUAAGCCUAAAAACCUGUUAUAACUUAAAAAAAAAAAAUUCCCCACUGCUACAUUAGGAUAGAGUGGACUUUACAUCCUUUUUUUUUUCUUUUUA